AUGCGCUCCUGCGCCACAAAGACUUGUCGUCUGAGUGUCAUGCUUGUGCUGACCUUUGGCUACUUUUUGGUAGAAAUUGUUUUUGGCUAUCUGACGAAUUCGACUGCCCUCGUCGCGGACUCUUUCCACAUGUUGUCUGAUGUACUGGCAUUGUUGAUCGCUUUCUUUUGCAUGCGGUUCUCGAAGAAAACCUCUUCAAACAAGAACACGUUCGGAUGGAUCAGGGCUGAAGUCUUGGGUGCCUUGAUCAAUGCAGUCUUCUUGUUGGCAUUGUGUUUUUCAAUCUUUGUCGAAGCCCUCAAAAGACUACUAGAGCCGGAGGAAAUCGAGCAUCCUCUAAAGAUCCUGAUCGUCGGCGUUGUCGGUUUUGCUGUUAACUUAAUCGGUAUCUUCAUGUUUCAUGGUCAUGCCACAACACACGGUCAUUCUCACGGACGUAAGGCAAAUUUUGUUAUUACGAACGAUGGUGAAACCCAUUACACAGAGACAAGCGAAAAGCUCAGCAUAAUAUCUGAAGCACAUAACAUUUCGGUCAUGAACACGUCAAACAUGAACGAUGACUACAAGUUGCAGAAAGAGCCAAAAGAUAAUGUGUUGGACUCGAAGCUGCUGUCAUCAGCUGACAAAGUUCCUCAACUGAACAUGCAUGGCGUGUUUCUUCAUAUCCUCGGUGAUGCCCUUGGGUCAAUAAUCGUCAUUGCUAAUGCAGCGGUUUGUUGGCAGAUCGACAGUGUUGUUCUCAGGAAGUAUCUUGAUCCAAGUCUUAGUCUUUGUUUAGCUAUUAUCAUCACCUGUACGACGAUUCCUUUAUUCAAGGAAUCGGCACUAAUUCUUCUGCAGACCGUUCCUACGCACAUCAACGUUCAGAAAAUCAAGUCCAAAUUGUUGACAUCGGUCGAUGGUGUUUUGGCCGUUCACGAGUUCCAUAUAUGGCGCCUGGCCGGCAAUAAAAUCAUAGCCACUGCUCAUCUGAGGUGCAGAAAUUUAGAAGAUUACAUGAAAAUCGCUGGUCAAGUGAAGCAGUUUUUUCAUAAUGAAGGCAUUCACUCGACGACUAUUCAACCGGAAUUUUUAGGAGUGGGUUUCUUGUUGAUCUUGAUUGAUUUUAAAACUAAAAUUUUUAAAUCACUGCCGUAG